CGGGGGUCGACGCUCCCGCUGGGCCAGUUUAUGGUCUCUCGAGUACCCGCCGGAACACCGUCAACAAACGGAUUGAUAAAACCGACCAACCGCCUAUCUUAAUGGGUCAGAUUAAAGGGUAGGUCAGCGGGUUGUUCUUGGUAUAAAAUGUGACCACGCCAGAACUGGGAAUGCUAGUCGCUGGCUAGGAAAGCAUUGGAAAAGCAUUGCAAUUUUUUGGUAGAGCAAUAAUGGUGAACCCGAAAGUCGAUAUCGUUCUACUAGGAGCGCUGGUCGUCAGUACCGCCCUGGUAGUUCACGCACUGGACAAUGGUCUUGCGCACCGGCCACCGAUGGGUUGGAUGAGCUGGGAGCGAUACCGGUGCAUAACGGACUGCAGCAGGUAUCCGGAUGAGUGCAUCAGCGAGGCACUGUUCAAGCGCAUGGCCGACUUGAUGGUUUCCGAGGGCUACCGGGACGCUGGCUACGAGUACGUGAACAUCGACGACUGCUGGAUGGCAGACGAGCGCGAUGAGGAUGGGGUGCUGCAACCGAACAAGGAACGGUUUCCCAACGGAAUCAAACAUUUGGCAGACUAUAUCCACGAGCGUGGCCUUAAGUUUGGCAUCUAUCAGGACAUUGGCACGAAAACGUGCGCCGGCUACCCUGGGAUGGUGGGCUACUUCAAGCUGGAUGCUGAGACGUUCGCCGAUUGGGGUGUGGACUUUAUCAAAAUCGAUGGAUGCUACGCGGACGUCGAGCUGAUGGUGAAUGAUUACAUCAAGUUUGGAGAGUAUAUGAACCGGACGGGUCGCCCGAUACUGUACUCCUGCUCGUGGCCCGCCUACCAGGAGUAUGAUGGAAUCAUCCCCGAUUACGAUCAGCUGAAGGAAACCUGCAACAUGUGGCGUAACUGGGGUGACAUCGAGGAUUCGCACCAGUCGGUGGUGGAGAUUACGAAAUACUUUUCCGACCAUCAAAACAGAAUCGUCCCGCACCACGGACCGGGGCACUGGAAUGAUCCCGAUACGCUUAUCCUGGGCAAUUAUGGGCUGAGCUACGAUCAGAGCAAAUCGCAGCUGGCCGUUUGGACCGUCAUGGGCGCACCGCUGCUCAUAUCGAACGAUCUGGCAAAGGUUCGGCCGGAGAUAAAGGAGCUGCUACUGAACAAAGCCAUCAUAAGGGUGAACCAAGAUCCGCUCGGCAUCCAGGGAAGGCUGGUGAAGACGGUCAACAAGAUAGAGAUCUGGAAACGGCCCAUCAUGCCCCGGGUGGGUCACGAGCUGACGCAAGCGAUCGCGUUCGUUUCACGCCGGGCCGACGGUGCACCGUACCCGCUGCGCGUGAAGCUGCAGGAAGACGUCGGCCUUAGCAAUAGCACCAACAUGAAGGGCUACAAAGUUUACGAUCUGUUCGAUGCAAAGGCGGCUCCAUUGCUGGUGCGCGCCGGCAGCACGUUCGAGACAAGAAUCAACCCGACCGGGGCCAAUCUGUUCCGCUUUGUGCCGCAGUUUGGGACGAAUUUUAUCAGCUUCUAAGCGGCUGGAGACGCAUUAGAAAUGUAUUCCCUAACUGUAGAUCGUAAGACUGAAAAUGAAGCAAAGACAGAGAGAGAGAGAGAGAGGAUGUUUGUGGCUGAAAGUAAGAUGAGCGGCAAGAAUCCAUUGCAAAGAACGAAAGCUAAGCGUUGUUAGUGUAGCAACAGAAACAGCCUGCUAGAAGUGCUCUCCCAUCCGGUUUCUUUGUUGUACACGAGGGAUGUACACACGGUAAGGUCUUCCAGCAAGUGUCAAGGUCAGUGUGCGCGCACUGUUGCAUCGAUGUAUCCCGUAUGGACGAACGAAACGAAAUUCAUGCUUCCCUUGGUUUACCACACAAAACGAAUCCCACGCAACGAUACUGCGCCCGCGGACAGGGCACCACUAACCGAACUGCUUACUUGCGUUUUCCUCUCCUCCCUGUUUUUUUUUCUCGUUCUGUUGUCUUCCGCGCUCUGGAUGGGAGAGCUGGAAGCUUUGCCUGGUCUUGGUUUCUAUCAUCAUUCUUCCACGGGCUGCAACGUACCGGCAAACGUUGUUUGUGUGAAUUAGACUGCAUAAAUUAAGCCAUUCGCGCAACACACAGCACCACCAACUCUCUAUCUUUCUCGCGCAAAUGCUGACGCGCACCGGUAGGACGUUCGCGUGCAACCUUUCCCCAGCGUUUCGAAUAGCACCGAUUGCUUCCGCUGCCGAGCUGCGUUGAGCACACGUUGAGUGAUUCCAAUUAAAUCGCUUUAUAAACACACAGCCCCUUACCGAGAGAGAGAGAGAGAGAGAGGUAGAGAGAGGGAAGAAAAGAAGAAAAUGGCCAAACGCUCGCGCGCCACGUGGCACUUGCCCGUUCGAUUGCGUUUCCCUUUUGUUUUUCAACCGUGUGGCGCAGCAGAGAGUGCGGCGAGGAAAGAAAUGGACAAACUGUGGUUCAUCAGAAGAUCUAAACAAACUGGUUGCGGGUACGAUUAAAAGUAAAACAGUAAAACUCGUAAACUAUACGCAUUCUUCAUACUCAUUCAUACCACGUGGCCCCGGGAAGCAUUGAAUGAUCGUGCAUGCUGCGUGCUCGGUCAACUCCUAUCCAAUUGAAGCAAAAAAAAGGGUGUGUGUGUGGCGCGUUGAUCGCACGCUUGGGGUGACACACUUUUUCUCACCUCACAACCUUAUUUGACUGUGUGUGGAGACAGCGGGGAGUUAAAUUUCACUGCCUCACUAGAAGUCACGCACGCACACGACGGGGAGGCAGUUGGGGCUUCCAUCAAACCGUAAAGCGCACACAAAAAGGCACCAUUUUGAUAAUAUUUAACCAUGUUGGACCGGGUUCCUGUACGAUGAUAAACAAAUUUCCCGUGCUCAAGGUUAUUUUUUUUUUGGUGGUGGUGAAUUGCAUGCACCCAUCCCGCUAAAAGUACGCCUGGCGGCCUGGCAAACACACGCGCGUGCAAUACCACUUGAGAUAAAAAUAAGUUACUUCCGUGCCGGGCUGGCUGGUUGUGGUGCAUAUAUGGUGGUACUGCACCACACAACAAGAGAAUAAUGUACAAAUUUGUGUGUUUUUUUUUAAAUAAUUUAGCUGCGUACAAAAAACAAUUCCAACUGGAAUCGAGUUGGUAAAAAAGGCACACACGACCUCUAGGUGUGACAUUCGAUCUUCGGACUCGUCUUCAGCCUCGCGGAGGGAGAUCGUGUGGCGGCGGCGGCGGGUGGGAGAAGGAAGAUGGCUGUUCGAAAUCUUAUAUAACCGAUGGCUAAGCAGUCUGCGGGGACAAAUGGUUGCUUUCUGAAGAAGAUCUGGCAGUGUAAACUUGGCACCGUGGAAGGGAAGGGGAACUUGGAAUGAUCGUUAUCGACCUACUCUCCAUCAAGGUUUCGGUAAAUACCGAGGGGGAAGAUCGUUUAAAUCAACAGUGGCAACAUCGAAAAAAGGGUUGUCAAACGCGGGACAAAGCAACGAAACACACACACACACACUUCUUGGUGGGUCGCUGAUGAAGACGACCGUGAAGGUGAUGGAUGGUGCCUCUACAUUAGACUUUUAUAGGAUAAUCGUACCGUACUUUUGGUCGCUCAAGUACAUGCUACCAUUGGUGAUAAAAGUCACGUGUGUUCAUGCGCUGUGCUUUUGCUCCUACUGCAAUCCACCGAGCACUUCACAUACCAUUAACGCUGCACCACCACUAUCUCUAGUCUAGGCGCGCGCAGACUCUAUCCAGUGCACCUCGGAUGACACAUUCCAUUCCGCGCGGCCCUCGGGUUCAAAGUCCGGGUCCGGCGUAACCCCUUGGAAAUGUUUUAUCGCUCGCACUCUUCACGUGGUUGCGUGUUUUAUUAUUGCUUUUAUGAAUCGUUAACACUGGCAGAAGCGAACUCUCUCUCUCCACAUCCCCCAUGGUAACUCGUGCUCUCGUCAAAGAGAAGAUUUUCUUUCAAGGUCAACCCGUGGUGGAGAGGGAAUGGUAUCCGGCAAGCGGGAUUAACACUACUUCCAGCGCGGUAAGGUGUGGCAGCCUGCAAAGUAAGCAAUCACACUAACGUCACUAAAGUCACUUGGCAGAUGUCUUUCCCGUUUCGGAUUGGGAAAGCGUUGGAAUACCAAAAAAAACCGUCUUUGAAACAUUCCAAAAACAUCCCACCAACGGAUGAGCCACGUAAUACGUUUUCGGCUAUUACGUCCCGGUAGGAGGUAAACCUGUUUUGCCCCGUCCGCUCGGCACUGCCAAGAGAUGCGUCCAGCCGUUCCAGGGCCUGCCCAACCCAACUAUCAACGCGCUAGGCGCGAUCGAUCACGCACUGAUUGCGUGGCAUUGCGUGCGAACGAUCGUAGUACGAACAGACAGGUGGAUUUUGAUGGAUAAUCUUUUUUUCCCGAUUUUCUUUCAACGUGCAAAUAACAAAUGAAUCGCAAACUACGCCGGUUAUUGUCUUACAGUUCACCAUACAUUUUAGUCUUGAUACUUUGCUUUGCGUAAAAAAAAAAAUACGGAACAAACAUAUAUGCUAGAAUAGGGACCGGGGCGCUACAGAGUACAGAGGACACCCUGAGAGAUGAGCCGUCGCCACAGUGUGUUGUGUUCUUUGCCUACCUAUAGAUCCGAUUAAAACAAAACGAAAGAAAAAGACCUCUCCGCGCGUACAAAACUAUGGUGGUGGUACUGGCCCAACUGGUUCAAAUUCGAAUUAACAAAGCUUUAACCGUCUAAUAUUGUGGAUCGCUCGGCGAUCGUCCCCCCGGCGGGGUGGGAAAGAAA